UCCUGGGCUCGUGGGCCUCCAGUGCGCAGGCGUACGCGCCUCCAGGCGCACGCGCAGUUCCUGCCCCAGGAACCCGGCAGCCACGGUGUGGGGCGCGCAGGCUACGCCGCCCGCUGCCGCUGUCACUAUGGCCCAUUACAAAGCCGCCGACUCGAAGCGGGAGCAGUUCCGGAGGUACCUAGAGAAGUCGGGAGUGCUGGACACGCUCACCAAAGUAUUGGUUGCCUUGUAUGAAGAACCAGAGAAACCCAAUAGUGCAUUGGAUUUUCUAAAGCAUCACUUAGGAGCUGCGACUCCAGAAAAUCCAGAAAUAGAGUUGCUUCGCCUGGAACUGGCAGAGAUGAAAGAGAAAUAUGAAGCUAUAGUAGAAGAAAACAAAAAACUGAAAGCAAAGCUUGCUCAGUAUGAACCACUUCAGGAGGAGAAGCGUGCUGAAUAGGAUUCUUCUCAGUUGAACAGGCACUGAAAACUGGCUUUGUACGAUUUGCAUAGUUUGUAUAGUAUAUAAUCAGUCUUUUAUGGACAGAUACUAUAGAACUCUUCUAAUAUGUUAAAUUCACUUAUCACAUUUAAUUGUUAUAAAAACACUUAGAAUCACUAAUAAAUAAACUUAAUAUAAUUUUCUUUGGCUCAUAAAGCAGGAAAAUCAAAAGUAAAUCCUGAGGAAUUCUAAAUACAGCCAUCUAAAUUGUUUUCAUUACCUUAAAA